AUGGCGUGUUGGAACGGACAGAGAAACAACGACAUGAUGAAGGAUGCUGAUAUAUGUAGAACGCAGUGGGAGAAACUGGGAUCGUGGUUCAUUGGACCAUCGGCUGAAAAUAUAGACGAAUUUUGUGAUUUAGCCAUCGAAACAAUCAAGCGAAAUGGAAAGCCACAAAACUACUUUCCAGACGAUAAAACAUGUAUUCCUGUGGAGAUGAAGUCGUCAAAAAUUUACAAAAUGGAAAUGGCGAAACUUAAAACAGAGCUGAAAUCACUUAACGAUGCACUGACAGAGUCUAUUCCAUUGGCCAAUAUCAGGUACCAGGGACACAUGGUAUCUGAUACGAUGUUGUCAGCCAGACUAGGAUUUCUGUCCGCAUGGAUGACAAAUGCUAAUAAUGCGACUGCUGAGAUUGGUCCAGUGACAACGCGAUUGGAGACAGAGGUGGGGAAACAGCUGUGUGACUUGUUCGGCUUUGAGUUGACAAAUGAUCCACGCGGAUACAUCACCACCGGAGGGUCAUCUGCUAACAUAGAGGCCUUAUGGACAUCCAGAAAUGUAAAAUUCUUCCCAUUGGCGGUCCAAAAAGCCAUACAAAGUGAGGCAGUAUUAGCAAGUGCAAAAGAAUUGAGCGUGUACAUUCCCAGGCUGGACCGAAAACAGAAGAUUUUAUCCACAUCAACAUGGGAUCUACUGAAUUUAAACCUUGAUGAUGUCAUCGCACUGCAUCAGGAAAUCGACCACCUGAUAAAAAACGACGACAUUGAUUUUUCGCACAUCAACAAGUACAGCCUGACCUACAAUGGUCUUGUUCAGUUCUUCAAAUUGCAUAACUUGACGAGUGAGCCUGUGGUGAUAGCAUCCGCCGCCAGUCACUUUUCCUGGGAUAAGGCCGCGACACUUUUGGGUAUCGGGGAUCAUCAUUUGAUACGCAUCCCUUUCGACAACAACACUAGGAUUGAUGUCGUAGCUUUGCAGAAACUCCUCGAUGAAUGCCUGGCUAAAAGGGUGCCCGUUAUUGCCGUCGUGUGUGUUAUUGGAACUACAGAGCACGGAGCCGUGGAUCCAGUCGAUGCUAUUCUGAACCUUCGAGCAGAGUAUCGGACCAAGAAUAAGGUUAUAGGGCUUCACAGUUCGGGUUAUGGGCGUAUCCUAGGACAAUCAGUGUUCGGUGCCAAAUUGUUCUACUGUGCUUGGCUCACAGUGGCCAAACCAGAUGACAACUUCGUGUGCAUCCCUUUGAUCCCCAUUGAUGAAGCAUACGAGGAAGAGAUAGCGAAACAGUUCAUCCGAGAGAGAAUUCUUGGAAAAUCCUAUGAAGACCUUUCGCUGGCCACUGUUCUUUUCUGA